GCACCAAUAGUUUGCUUGAACCAGAUGUUAAGCUGCCAUUACAUGUAGUCUGAAUAGACAAUGCUUAUAGCUUACUUUCAAUAUUUGUAGGUUUUAAUUGAAGAGCUGAUAAAGCAGUUAAAGGAACUCAUAUUUGACAAGGUAAAAGGAAUUCCAAGCUUGUGAUGUGCUUACUUUUAAUUGCUAGUUAUAUUCACAUGAGACUAUUUAUGUUGGAGCUCUUUGCUGGAACAGAACGGGAGACACCCAUUGCUGCAGAUAUUUCACCCACAUGGCUCACAUUAUCUGACUGUGACUGAUUUGAUUUAUCGGAAUUACAACGUGUCUUCCCUUAUUUCAAAGGAAAAUUACCUAUUCUAUUAACUCUUAAGUACUUUGAAGAGAAACAGGCCCCCAGAAAAUUGCUUCUUUUGUUUCAGGAUGAGGCAUCAGUUAACUUGGAUAAUGUAGUUGACAAAGAACAUGAGGGUUCAUAAGACACACAGGUUGCAUCUGAUAGCAUGAAGGACCCGAUUAAAUGGCGGCAAGAACUGUUGGUGAAAAGAGAGCUUUGUGAGGUUUCUAUUGGUGCACAAGGUAAUGUUUUGGGGGGCUUCACUGACAGGAUCCACGUACUUCAGGACUGUGUGAAAGCAUGGCUGAAAUGCAGCCUAUUAACACUAGAGGGUCAUGGUCUAAGUCAAGGACUACUACGAUCGCGAGCCCACGAUGGCGCUGAUGAGCAGCUGAUUAAGCAGGUGAUGAUGACGGCGCGGGUCUGCUCAGUGGGGGCAGCAGACGGUGCUGGCCGUAAUAAGAGUUAUCUGUAAAGCAUUUGCCAUGCCAUCAGUCUGUAUCUUCGUAUUUUUUCUCUCCGGCACUAUAAAUACAAAUGUAUGAGUAGAACUGAACUUGUAAUUUCUCUGUUGCAACACAUGCCUAAGCUUCCUACAAAUGAUCAUGUAGAACACAGACCAAACAACUCAAUGUACAGUGC